AUAAUAUUUUGGUGCGCUAUCUCUUCUAUCCAAGUAUAUAGUAUAUAAACACUUUUCAUAUAGAAAUAAUCCACAAACAGUAAUUACUUGUAGUACACGCUGAACUAAAAUCAUCUCAUAUAGUGAAUAUUCAUGGGAAAAAAAAUUCAGAGCUUUUUCUAAAAUCUUAGAUAUACAAAAUGUUAAACAAAAUGCUUGUUCGUAUACUAGUAUUGAUAUUUAUGAAUUGUGUAAAUAAUUGCAUGUGUUUUGAUGUGAACUUUAAACCAUUUUAUGACGCACAACUCGAACCGUUCAAUACACAAAUACAAAAACGUGAAAUGGCGCAGUUUUUCGAUAAAGCUGCCUAUUCUUUUAAUGGCUUAGAUAAAGUUCAAUCUGUGCCUGUACCAUUUCCUAUUGAUAUUUGUAUACUCUCAUUGGAGGGGGUAAAAUAUGCAGCUUCAUUGCAUAGAAACAAAAAUGGUGUGCGUCAUUUUACGGUGUAUAAAAAUGUGGAUAACAACUAUCAUGAACUACACAGUAUUGCCGUGCCUAAUGCUACUGCAAUAGAUUGUAAAUCACUCGGCGCAAAGGGCUACAUUGCGCUUGCCCUAAAUAUUACACAAACAAUUGAGAAUGCGCGUGAUGGCUCACCAAUACUUGUACUCACCGCUGAUGAUCGUCUACGGGCUGUACAAUUUUUCGCCACUAAAAAUCUUUACUCGGUAUAUUUACGCACGACGGCCAAUGAUUUAUUUAUGUUGCAAACAUUACGUAGCUCCAAUGAAGCAACAAAUCCACAUUGCCCCUACUAUAAAUGGUCGGGUACAUCGUUUACACUACUCGCACGUUUACCAUGCAGUAAUGCGCGACAUAUCGAACCGUUCGCAAUAAAUUAUGAAAAUUAUGUGGCUUUGGCGAAUUAUGCUGAUCAAAGAGGGCGUACGACAACAUAUUCGGAAAUUUAUAAAUUUGUGCGUGAAAAUAAACGUUUUCAACUCUUUCAAAAAAUACGCACCUAUGGCGCGGUGGAUGUGCGUUACUUUAGCGCACCGUUGGAUGAGGUGAAGAGGCGACAUUUUCUGGUUUUCGGUAAUUCAGUUAGUAGAAGUAGUGGUGGCGAUGUCAAUGAAGCGGAUUCUAUUUUUUAUGUAUUUGAUAAGGGACAAUUUGUGCCUUAUCAGAGUUUGUCAUUAUAUGCCGUAGAGCAAUUUCUGCCGGUGCAGAAUGCAGAUGCGGAGAAAUUCUUACUGCUUGUCGCUUGUAAGGAUCAGGAUACGAAAAUUUAUAAUCUAAAUGAUUGGAAAUUCGAACAGUCGAAUGUGCAAUUCACUGAAGGCGCUUUGGGGCGUGGUGUAUCGAAAAUGAGAAUUCAUCAGGAAAGCGAAAAAAGCUAUUUAGUGAUCGCAAAUGAGAUGAUGACCGAAAACGAUACAAACAUAUUUUUGCCGAUAUUCAAACAAGACGAACACGCCAACGCUUUGCGUCAACAAAUAAUCGAUUGGACGAAAAUGCAGAUUGAGCGCUUGGCCCAAAUUGAUGUUAAUAAAUUACAGAAAGAAGUAGAGCAAAAACUAGCACAAAACCAACGUCCAAGCAUCAACACACAGGUGCAUGACAUUCCAAAGUCUAAUAUACAAACUGUGACCACAAACUCGUUCGUCUAUCCGAAACACCACUUCACCACUCACUACUGGCAGGCUUUGAAUUUGGCUACACAAGCUUUGAAUGGUAUAGAAGCAGAAUUGAAAUCCAAUGUUAAAAGACGUCUCAAACGUGACAGUAACACUACAGAGUCGAUUCCAGAAUUCGCUAACCUCAAAGUAGACACGCUCGUUGUGAAGCAAGCGUUGAACGCAGAGAAAGUGAAUGGCGUUGACGCUAUACGUCCAACUUUUGACCAAAUUAGGGCCAUAAAAGUACGCGUAACACGUAGAUAUCAAGCAACCGAACGUACGACGGCUGAGCCUACGCUGCAGGAUGCAGAUGACUUUGCCUCGCCAGCUCGAGGAGUUGAGGCGCCCGAAAUGGUUGUGAAAAAUUUACUAAUCAAUGGUAGUUUAAAUGAACACAAAUGGAGCGAUUUACUCAACAACACACUCAAGCGCGAGGGUGUAGAAUACAUUAAACAGCCGGCGCAUAUUGUAAAUCUAAUAGCGGAAUCUGUAAGAGUGCUAAACGAUGAAAUUGAUGGUAACAGCUUGAAGGAACUAAUACCUAUCGACUUCGGCGUUGGUAAAUCUGUUGAAAAAACCUUUGAAAUUAAUCAAUCAGUGCUCUUUGAAGGGCCUGUAAAGGCCAAGGAGCUGCACAUACGAGAGCGUCUCAAUCACAUACCUGUGCGACAAGAUAAGCUAGAAGUUCUCUUGAAACAUGUGAAUACAACGCAGAUGGUGGAAGGGGAAAAGAGAUUUGAGAAUGUGCGCAUUUUGCAACCAAUCGCAAUGGCGGUAAGUGAAGGGGGUCAAAUGCUCGGCGCGCGCUUACAAUCCUUAUCGUCGCGACAAAUUAUACACGAUGAUCUCAUACUCAACGGUGAUUAUACGAUAAAAGGCGAUGCAAUUAUUUCGGAUCUCCUCACCGUCGACGAUUUAAUAGAUGAAAACUCACGAAUGAGCACCAAGCAUUCACUAAUGAAUGGACUGGAUAUUACACAACCGUUGGAGAAUGUUAACAUCAGGUUCGAACAACCCGUGGAGGCGAAUAACACGCAACUCACCUUCAUCAAUGCCGUCGAUAUGCAACAAUUGGUUAAGACAAAUUUCAAAGGCCUACAGGUGAUCGAGGGGGAGAAACAUUUCAAACAGACACUCACAAUACACCGAGGUUUCACUGAGGUGAAAUACUUGAACGGUGUGGAUGUUGAAAAACUAAACGAACGUUUGCUCCUCAAGAGCGUAAAUCAGAGCAUCAAAGUGCCAAUGCAUUUCGGUCACAUAGAAACGCCCGACAUUGUGGCUCCCAGUCUUAUGUUGAAGGACAAGCCUCUUGAUGCGUAUGUCACACGCACCGGCGCCCAACAUCUGCCAGUUACACUCACGGUUGCCGAAUUAAGUGCACAAACCUUGAAUCUUGAGCGUUUGCAUGCCAAUGGUCAUAUUUUUGGCAAGUCAGUGCUGGCGGACAAUAGUCAUUCGCUAAUGGCGCAGUUAUUGUCAAAACGCAUUGAUAUCCUGCCACCACAACAUAAAUUUCCAAACACAAUAUUUGUCGGCAAUUUACGCUUGAGCGACGGCAGCAUUAAUGGGCGCAGAGUGCGCGAUGUAGAAAAACAACUGCAGCAUCUUAAUGACGAUAUACAUUUUGAAGGGAAUUACAAAUUCAAUUACGACAUGAACAUUAGUCAUUUAUCAUUUCAAGGGAAAUUCAAUGAUAUUCCUGCAGAGGAGUUUGGCCGAAGUUGGUUACAGAAGAGUGGCACACAAGUUUUUACCGCCUCUCAAAGCUUUUCGGAAGUAGAUUGUUCGCAGGGAGUACAACUUGAUGGUUCUCUUAAUGGAUAUGAAGUAGAUGAUUUCUAUACCAAGACCUAUUGGAUAAAUCGUGAUGAGUACAUCGAUGAUAUGGAAUUUCAAAAUCCCAUUCAAAUGCAAGCACCACUUAGUACAACCACGUUAAAUGGCGUCCACGUACCACUGGAUAUAAUUCACGCCAACUCAACUACGCCGCAAAUACUCUACAACAGCGCUUCAAUUCAUGGACAUCUAAAUGUAAUUGGUGUUGGCGGUGUUCAUAAUGUGUCCGCUUUAAAUGGUAUAAACCUCGCGGAACUACAACGGUUUCUCAAACUAGGUUAUGAUGGUAAUACAUUGCAUGUGGAACAUGCAAGUUUUGAACAGGCACCACUUUAUCAUACAUUAAAUCAUUACGAAUUGUCGACUGUUCUUGACAAAGUUUGGCUGACUAAUGAAAAUGUGCGCCUAAAACACCACGUCGAGUUGGCGAAUGUCACCUUUGAGGGUCUCUUGGACUUUGAGGGUCCAGUAAAUAAUUUAAAUUUACAUUAUUUGAAAGAAAAUUAUUUGAGUUUAUCUCGAUCACAAAAUGUUGCUACCGAAUUGAUUUUGGCUAACGAUGCCAAAUUCGAGGGAGACCUUACUGCUAACAACGUACAACUAAAUGGAUUGUUGGUGGAAAGUAGAAGUGAUUUGGCUACCAAUUUUGAUGAAUUCGUUGCAAAUACACUGAAAUCAGAUGGUCCUAGUGAAAUUCGUGGCGGCUGGAGCUUAGUAAACGCACUUAUACAGGGCGAUCUAGGAAAUGUGCAAAUAAAUAACUUGAAUUUGGCACAAGAUGUGUUGCGUUUGGAUAUGCCUUGUGCGCCGAUAACCGCACCAAAGCACAUAAAAGCCGCAAAUAUUCAAAAAUUAUAUACCGCAGCAAGUAGUACAAUACAGGGUGUACCAAUAGCCAAUUGGAUGCAAUCAGCAGUGUAUGUUCAUGGCAAUCACACAAUUAACGGUAAUACUACGCUCAAUACCGUUAACAUGUAUAACGAUUUAAGAGUGUUAGGUACCGUCAAUGAUAUUUCAAAAUUCGGCGAAAAAACCUUAAUGUUGCGUAAUAUACCAAAACAAAUUUUGCAUGGUGAUUUGUACAUAAAUAAUUUGCUACCUAAAGAUGGGCGAAUUUUGAUAAAUAGCUUUGAAAAUCUACGUGCCAAUAGCGUCAAUGGAGAACCAAUGGAUGAGUUUUUUGCACAAUAUGCUAAAAUUUCAAGGAACGUUACGGUCGAAGGUAAUUUGGUGUUUAUGCAGCCAGCGGUUGCGCAGCAAUAUCUAAAUCGUGCUGAGCAUGGAAUAAAAAGCAAACGUAGCUCAGCCAUUAAGGGCAGGAGAAAUCAUGUGAGUGAGAUGCCCAAUUGGAAUGCAAUGUUUGCGAUGGCAGAAGAGCUAAAAAAGUUUGCAAAAGCGUCUUAUAAUACCUUGGAUGGUUUUGAUAUUGCUCAAACACUUGCAAUCACAGCUACCGAACUUGUACACAUAAAAUUAAGCGAAGAAACCGAUGUUGUGGUUGAUGUAAUUGGAGCUAUAGAUGAAAAUAACAAGACUUCACCGUUGCAGUAUUACCAAUGGUCGCAAGCUGAAAAACAAUUUUAUCCAAUGCAAGGACAUUUAAGGCCUACGAAAAAGACACAGUUAACUGAAUUAAUAACGUUUUUAUUCAGUGGAAUCGAUUGCGCAGACACUACGAGUGAAAUUGAUACGAAUUAUCAGUUAUCAAAUCUCAAAAACGUUUUUAAAAAGUUUUUGAAGAAUAAGAAACUCUUAAUUUCAAAACCGAAGCCACUCACAAUAGAAGGCGAACCUUGCUUUAGAACUCUCCCAACACCGGAAGCGAAUAUAACACAAAUAUAUUGCAUAAACGGAAACUAUACUAUUUACGAAAAAUUCUUAAUACCGAGGAGAAACAUAAAAGAGCUACAAGUAUCCGGAACGACAAUAGCCGUACUACUCCCUAACUGCGUUGAAAUAUGGACCAUACAAACAGAUCCGAAGCUGGUUCUACGUCUACCGACCUUGAAGUCCAACGGAAUAUCUAGCGCUACAUUCAAAAAUGAGACUUACUUGGCCAUCCAUACCGAUAAGGAGAUAAAUAGCUUACACAAUGGUUCUGUGGACAUUUAUAUAUAUACAAAUUCUACACAUUUGAACCAUAUGCAAAGAUUAGAUUGUUUGGAUUGUUUACAAAUAUCCCUGAACAAGAUCGAAUUAACUGGCGAUCUACUAUUAUUUAUCCUGACGCAAAAUACGGCAGCACCAUUAUUAAUUUAUCAGUAUAAAGGAGUUUUGGGGUUCCAGCAAAUCGUUGGCGCAAGCACUUUACCUACUGCAAUUUCAUUCUGGAUAUUAAAUUUGGAAAAUAGCGCUAGGCAAAUGAUUGCCUUACUAGGCAGUGAAGAAAUAUCAUUUGUGGAAAUUACAAUGCGAAAAUUUUAAAAUUUUUUUGUUAAAUAUUCAAAUAAAAUUGUAUUAAUAAAGUUAAUAAUCAAUAAGCUUUUUUAAUUAAUCAAUUACAUAUCUAUAGAUAUGAAAGAAAAAAUAAUUGAAGUUCUAAAUUUGACUUC